ACAGGCGCCGACUUUUGUUCAGGAUAGAGACAUUUUACUUUUGACUGCAGCUCAUAUCCUUGAUUGAUGUAUGUAACCUGGUUAUAGGAAUAUAGGCUAGCCUACUCUUGUCGUGGCAUAUCUUUUAGGUUAAAGCCAUCUUUAGAUCAACAGAGUGACAAGUAUAGUCUAUUCAGAACAUGUUGCAGUUAAUAAUUGUUUACUGAAAUGACCGAAUAAGUUUCCGCUCAUUAUUUGGCAACUUGACUGUGACGAAGAAAACGGAGUAACAGUCGGGCCAUUUCUUGAAGAGAGACGACGCACUCACACUUAUUGAACUAUCGGACUUUACUUUAUAUACCCCUGACUGGUGGUUAGUAGCCUACAACAAUCAACAAUGGACAGACCUGGAUUCUCUACAGCCCCUCAUCCUCCUGAUGUCAGGAUUGUGCUGCUGGGUAAAACUGGAGUGGGGAAGAGUGCAACAGGAAACACCAUUCUGGGUCAAGACGUGUUUCACUCAGCUUUGAGCUUUUCCUCAGUUACCAUGGAAUGUCAAGAGAGAACUGUUCUCAUUGGACAGAAUAGAGUCAGUGUGGUUGACACUCCAGACUUCUUCUAUGCAACACACACACAGGAGGGUUUGAGUUCAGAGAUAGAGAGAUGUAUCUAUCUCUCUAACCCUGGACCUCAUGCAUUUAUCUUUGUUCUAACUCUUGAUACUUUCACUGAGCAGGAGACAGAUGUAGUCACUGUAUUUGAGAAAUGUUUUGGUGAAGUAGCUUCAAGAUACACCAUCAUUGUCUUUACUCAUGGAGACGAGCUGAACAACAGAACAAUAGAGGAACUAGUAGAGAAAAAUGUUAAGAUGUCUGAGCUCAUUGAAGAGCGUGGUUGGAGAUAUCAUGUCCUUAACAACAAAGACAGAGCCAAUAGAAACCAGGUGACUGAGCUGCUGGAAAAGAUAAUCAUCAUGAUGAAUGUGAACGAAAGUAGCUGUUACACACAUGGCAUGUUGCAGGAGGCAGAAAGAAAGAGAAGAGAAGAGAUUGAGUUGAUGAAAGAGGAGAGUCUCAGAGAGGAAGAGAGGAAAAUAGAAGAACACCAGAGAUGGUUAGAGAAGGUGAGAAGAGAGACAGGGGAUAGAGUACGGAGAGAGACAGAGGAGAGAGUAUAGAGAGAGAUGAAGGAUAGAGGAGGGAGAGAGAUUGAGGAUAGAGUAGGGAGAGAGACAGAGGAGAGAGUACAGAGAGAGAUGAAGGAUAUAGGAGGGAGAGAGAUGGAGGAUAGAGUACGGAGAGAGACAGAGGAGAGAGUACAGAGAGAGAUGAAGGAUAGAGGGAGAGAGAUGGAGGAUAGAGUAGGGAGAGAGACAGAGGAGAGAGUACAGAGAGAGAUGGAGGAGAGAGUACGGAGAGCGACAGAGUAGAGAGUACAGAGAGAGAUGAAGGAUAGAGUAGGGAGAGAGAUGGAGGAUAGAGUAGGGAGAGAGACAGAGGAGAGAGUACGGAGAGAGACAGAGGAGAGAUGAAGGAUAGAGGAGGGAGAGAGACAGAGGAGAGAGUACGGAGAGAGACAGAGGAGAGAGUAAAAACUACACAUUGAACUGAAGUCUGUGCCCAAUGGGGUGGUUGUAACCUACAAUCUGAAAACAGUUAUAGAUAAAUAAUCAAUGCUGUUAACUAAACAUGUUCCAAGCAGUUUGUAGUUCUGCUAGACUACCUUUUAUCAAAUGUUUUUAAAAUAAAUGAUUAAUUCCAGCUUGCACAUAAUAGCCAGUUGGUGCCUUGUCAUGUCAUUGUUUUGUGACUUGUUUUGCAUCUUAGAGAAGAAUGUCAUUAUUUCAAUUGUAUUUGUAUUAGAUUCCUGUCUCACACGUCACACUGCUCGGCUAAUUCCUUGAAGAUGGGGCACCCAUCCCCACCUAUCCAAGCUACAUCCAAACCAUUGCAGGUGGUGUUACUUGGUAAAACAGGAGCAGGGAAGAGUGCAACAGGAAACACCAUCCUGGACCGCAAAGAUUUUGUCUCAAAGAAGAGUUCCAAAUCAGUGACUGUUAAUAUUGAGAAACAAAAUGUCACCAUUGAAGGAAUAGAUCUUGUCGUGUAUGACACUCCAGGAUUCUGUAACCCCGAUCAAUCUGAAGAGAAAAUUCAGGAGAAAUUCCUGGAAGUCCUCAAGUUAACCUCAUCUGGUCCCCGUGUGUUUCUCCUGGUGGUGAAGAUAGACAGAUUAACAGAAGAAGAGAAGAGGGUCAUCGGUAAAGUAGAAGGUCUUCUAGGAGAGAGUCUUUUGAAGCAAACCUGGAUCCUGUUCACCAGAGGAGAUGAGUUAGAAGACCAGACUAUAGAAGAAUUCAUUGAGGAGUCAGAUGACCUCACAGAAGUGAUGAGAAAAUACAGUGGAAGAUACCAUGUGUUCAACAACAAGAGGGGUGAUCCUGAGCAGGUCAAAUCACUUCUGAAAAAGACAUCCAUCUAUCUCAGUAAGUUUAACUAACUGUUUAUAUAAAGGAUUUGUCAGGAUUUGGCCAGGGUUGUUCCGGGUUUUGGUCACUAGAUGCCCCCAUUGUGCUUUUUGACCUCAUAUUUUUUCCCUUGUUCCCCAUUAUUAUUUGCACCUGUGCCUCGUUUCCCCUGAUUGAAUUUAAACCCUUAGUUUCCCUCAGUUCUGUGCUCUGUGUUUGUAUGUUAGCACCCAGCCCUAGUGUUCUGUGUAUUCUUGUCGUUUCCGGUGGAUGCUCUUGUGGAAUUCUGUUUUUGUUUUUGAGUAUCUCUUGAGGCUUUUUGUGCUAUUCCUACCACCUUUUGGAUUUGCCAUUUUUUGUAUUGAAGGACUUCUCCUUUUUUACUUUAUUAAAUACACCGUCUUAAGUA